AUGUCGUCGCACUACAAUACAGAACCACCUCCAACUGCAUCUGCAACUCUCAACACCACCGCCGGUCCGCUCCAUAUUUCUCUCUUCGCAAAGCAAACACCUCUUGCAUGCAAGAAUUUCCUCCAACAUUGCUUAGACGGGUACUACAAAGGCACGGCAUUUCAUCGCGUCAUCCCAGAUUUUAUAAUCCAAGGCGGCGACCCGACAGGAACAGGCGCGGGAGGAUCUUCGAUUUACGAGGACCCAGAGUUUGAAUUCGACCCACGCGAUGGAGAGAAAGUGGUUUUCAAAGAUGAAAUACAUAGUCGACUACGGUUUAACCGGCGGGGAUUGGUGGGGAUGGCGAAGGCAGAGGAUGGGACAUACGGGAGCCAGUUCUUCGUGACAUUGGGGGGUAGUGCGGACAGACAGCUAACUGGUACAUGUACGCUGUUUGGGCGAAUCGAGGGAGAUAGCAUCUAUAAUGUUGUAAGGAUUGCGGAAGGGGACCUGGUGGAGGGCACAGAACGGCCUGUAUAUGCAGUUAAGGUUACCGGCUGUGAAGUGGGGGAUUUAGGCCCGUUCAAGGAUGUUUUGAAGAAGCGGGAGAAGGUUGCCGUUGCCGCACCAACCCCUGAAGAGGAAGCGAAGCGGGAUGUCACAAAGAAGAGGAGAAAGGGCAAGGGCGCAAAGGUACUAUUAAGUUUCGCGGACGAUGAUGAAGAAGAUUCGAUAAAUGCAACUAAAGAAGCAAAGAAGCCCAAGUUCAAUACGAGGCUUGUUACAGCUGGUGCCAACGCUAUACUGGAGCAAAACCCCAAACUGGAGGAUAAACAGCAACCAGAACCCGCAGUAUCCUCUCCUACACUCACGAAUCAAGAAGAUAAAGAUGCCCAACCUGUUUCAAAACGGCGCAGGUCUAUAUCCCCUUUACAAUCAUCGCCUAUCAACAGCAAACCAUCCAGGGACCCAAACACCCAACUUCCUCUUCCAGACCCAGAAAUGCCAUCCCGCUCCCCAUCUUCCUCCCCCGCUCCUCCCACCAAACAAUCGGCAUUAUCUCGCGUCACUGCCGAAAUCGAUGCGCUCAAAGCAUCCAUGCGCCGAAACGUCUCUACAGCCGUUGAACCCCCCCGGAAAAAGUCUGCACUGGAGACCUUGAUCCCGGAAACUUCAAUAAGAGGCCGCCGGCGCCCAGCUCCCGGCAGUGCACAUGGUGCUGGAUUGAGCAAUGGCACAUCAUCUCAAGAUGCCGAGGCGAUGAGAAUCCUCAACGCCUUCAAAGCGCGGCUGGAGCAGGCAGAGUCACUCUCAAACCGUUCCCAACUAACCAAAGACAAUCAAGCCAAAAGCAAACCCCGACAGGACAAGGAAAAGGACGAAGAGGAACAAGUGUGCGACCUUCACUUCAUCGCACACUGUCAAUCGUGUCAAGCGUGGGAUCAAAACGGCGCUACCGACGCAGCAGCUACGAGGGGAGAUGCGGAUGACGACGACCCUGUCGACUGGAUGACCCACAAGCUGACCUUCGGUAAGGAUAUGCUGGGCAAAGAUCUAAACUGGAAGCGCACGCACGAGGAUGCCGAUGGGCUCGUAGUAAUUGAUCCGCGCGAGAAGGAGAAGGAAGUUGUUCAGAUGGCAAGGGGGAAAGGGAGGGGCCGGGAGCGGGAAAGGCAGCGGAAAAUGGAGACGGGUCAUCAGAGGGAGUGGGAUCAGAAGGGGCGGUGA